GUGAGUCUGAUUUGGAUGAUCGAUUUCUUGGUAAUCGAGUUUUCAGCAGCUCUAACUUUAUUUGGAUUUUGCAGGUGCGCAGAUUUGCAGAAGCGUUCUUUUGUCUUGAGCAUCCUAGGCAAGCUGCCCUUGCCUAUCAAGAACUACAUGCUCAAAGUCAUCUACAGAUGUGUGCAGCUAUCAAAAACACUUCCUUCUGCAGUUCUCUUCCACCCCUCCCUAUUGAAUGCAGUGAGCUAGAUGGAGAUAUGAACUCCCUGCCUAUAAUCUUUGAAGAUCGAUAUUUAGAUUCAAUUACGGAAGAUCUGGAUGUACCCUGGUUGGUAGUUCACAGUCUUCCAAGGUCAGAGUCCAAUAAACUGGAUAAAUUUGAAGCUGAAGAAGGUUUUGUAGCUGGUUUUACUAGCCCAGAACUGAAAAUAAGACCUGCAGCUGCCUCCAACCUUUGGCAUUCAGAAAGUGAAAAGAUGCUAACAAAAACUUUGAAAGGGAAAAAUGAAGAUGCAAAUAAAUCCAAAGUUAAGGUUACUAAGCUCAUUAAAACAAUGAAACCUGAAAACACAAAAAAAAUCGUGAAACAGAACUCUAAGGACUCUGUGGUCUUAGUGGGCUACAAAUGUUUGAAAAGUGCAGCACUGGAAGAUGCCUCUAGAAGCUCAGAAGGCAGGCCUUCAUACAAUGCUAACGAAGGGCUGGACCCUACAGUAGGUGGAUUUCCUUGUGAUACAAAGAUGUGCACCAGGCAAAUAAGUCAAAGAGAACAUCCAUUUUUGCCAUCUGGAACUGAGGAAAAGACUGCCAAGAUCGAAGGUGUCCAACCAACUCUGGGUAGCCCCGUGCACUGUGAAACUGUGGCUAUUUUUGGUAGACUUACUAUCUCCCAGACAGGUUCUGGAACUAUACAAGCAGAUAGUGCUCUGCAGCCCAGAGGUACACUUGAAGGUUGUCAUGGAGGUCAGCCAACUUCCUCAGGAGUCAGGACAAUUGAGGUCAAACCAAGUCAUAAGAAUCCCUAUGCAGGGGAGAAAGUAACUGUUCACAUUGGGUCGUGGGCUGAGUUUCCACAAGAUGGAGUGCAAGGAGAGAAUUUGCAGACACCCAAUAUCGAGUCUUCAGAAUCUGGAAAUAAAUUGAAUUCAGGAGAACAGGAACCAGUGCUUGAAAAGGAAGAUGUCCACGAAAGAAACUUCCGACAUACCGGUGACAUCUUGACAAAAAUGAAAAGUAAUCAGCCUACUCUUUCUACAAAAGAAGGUCAACUUUCUGCAAGUGGAGACAUGACUAAAUUACCAGAUGUCAGCGUGACCUAUGCCUCUUCUAGGUUUUCAGAUUCAGGUGUAGAAAGUGAACCAAGUUCCUUUGCAACUCACCCCAACCCUGAUCAGGUUUUUGAAAAUGUUCAAGGGCAAAGUGCAUACAAUAGUGAGAGAAUAUUUCCUCAGCUUUUACUAAAACCGGACUGUGCUAUAAAAAAUGCAAUAGAAAGCCAUUGCACUGAGAGUACCAGCGCUGUAAGUGAAAUACAGUCAUCCCUGACAUCCAUAAAUUCUCUGCCUUCAGAUGAUGAUGAGCUGUCACCUGAUGAAAAUUCAAAGAUAUCCAUUGUACCUGAAUGCCAGCUAAGUGACAGUAAAACGGUGUUGGAUCUUGGAGCAAUUGACUUGCCAAAAUGUGAUGACAGUAAAAAACCCAACACGAAUUUGCAGCAACAGUGUGUUGUAUUUUCAGGGCAUUCAGAGAACAAAACUCUGUCUACACAUUCCUCGCUCUCAGGAACAAAAGAUCUUUCACACUUAGUUGUUUCAGAUGAGGGUACGUCUACUGAUGUGAAAAGUUACAGCCCACAGGCAGACCUUGGCACAACCUGCAGCGACUCUCAGGACCUUGAAAGGCAUCUUAACACUACAGAAGAAACAACUAAAUUGCAUUUGGAACUUACUUGUAUGGGUGAGCCAUCUGUUGUUUCACGUUCUUCAUCUGUAAAUGCAGUGUAUGAUGUUGAAAAAACAAAUGAAGGAAACCAUAACGAGCCUUUAGAACUAAAGGACACAGCUGAAGAACUGUCAGUAGCUAAAAAUGAAACUGGUAUGGACAACCCUUCUCCAACCAGUAGUACUGACAUAGUAAAGCAAGGGCUUGUCGAAAACUAUUUUGGCUCUCGAAGCAGCACAGACAUUUCAGAUAUUUGGCCUAUGGACAACAGCAAUCCUGUUAGCCCUCAAAAGGAAACAUAUGAAAAACAAAUUAUUUGCUCUUCUCAACAAGACGAGGAAGAAGAGGAGGAUCAGGAAAUGAUUGAAAACGGGUAUUAUGAAGAAACAGACUAUAGUAUGUUAGAUGGAGCUUCCAGUGCUGACCGGGAUCAUGGCUCAGCAGAAGAGAGAGCCCUGAGAUCUGAAAGGAUUGAUAGCGGGCAUCUGCGAGAUGGAAUGACUCUGCCUCCUGUCUGUACUCCUGCUUGUCUGUCUUUUCCCUCUUCUCUGAGAGACUCUCCUUGCAAUGUUAUCUGUUCUCCGAGGAAUAAAUCUGAUGCAAUUACACAACAGCCAGGCAGCACGUCCUACAGCUCAGCUUCAUCUGUUUCCUGGUAUGAAAGCUCCCCAAAACCUCAAAUGCUAGCUUUCCUACAGGCUAAAGAAGAACUGAAGCAACUUAAACUUCCUGGAUUUAUGUAUAGUGAUGUUUUCAAACUGGCUUCUUCAAUACCUUAUUUCAGUAUGGAAGAGGAUGACUGUUCAGAAGAAGGAAUACAUCUUAUAGUCUGCGUCCAUGGCCUAGAUGGUAACAGCGCAGAUCUAAGAUUAGUGAAGACUUACAUUGAGCUAGGGCUGCCUGGAGGGAGAAUAGAUUUUCUUAUGUCCGAAAGGAAUCAGAAUGAUACCUUUGCUGAUUUUGAUUCCAUGACAGAUCGCCUUUUAGAUGAAAUUAUACAGUAUAUACAAAUUUAUAAUCUAACCCUUUCAAAAAUCAGCUUUAUUGGACACUCACUGGGUAAUUUAAUAAUCCGUUCAGUGCUCACAAGACCUCGAUUUAAGUAUUACCUCAACAAACUUCAUACCUUCCUGUCUCUGUCUGGACCACAUCUUGGUACCCUCUACAACAGCAGUGCUCUUGUUAAUACAGGACUGUGGUUUAUGCAGAAAUGGAAGAAGUCUGGUUCUUUAUUGCAAUUGACGUGUCGAGACCAUUCGGAUCCACGACAAACAUUCUUGUACAAACUUAGUAAAAAAGCAGGUCUUCAUUACUUCAAAAACAUUGUGUUAGUAGGAUCUCUGCAGGAUCGUUACGUUCCCUAUCACUCCGCUCGCAUUGAGAUGUGUAAAACAGCUUUAAAGGAUAAACAAUCAGGACCAAUUUAUGCUGAGAUGAUCCAGAACCUGCUUCUGCCAGUUCUUCAAAAUAAGGAAUGUAAUUUGGUUCGUUAUAAUGUAAUUAAUGCAUUACCCAAUACAGCAGAUUCUCUCAUAGGGAGAGCUGCACACAUUGCUGUUCUUGAUUCAGAAAUAUUUUUAGAAAAAUUCUUUCUUGUUGCUGCCCUAAAAUAUUUUCAGUAGAGAAGAGCAUUGUAAGAGACUUGGUUAUUACCUCAUUAACAGAUGAAUCAAAUAAUGUGUGGUAUUAAAGUAUAGCUGCAGCUGUAUUUUAAGAGAUAUUUAUACUUUUUAUAUGGAAGAUAAUUUAUAUCAUCCACACUUAGGGCUUUUUAACAUCAACUUUACUUUCUAGGUAAUGUGGCUGUGCAAUAUUUUUUUUUAUUUUGUUCUUUUUACUUUUCUAUUACUUUUUCUUAAUUUUGGGUACCUAAUUAUUUGGAGAUUAAAGCACAGUGCGUACUUUUGGUUGGUUUAUUAUUGGCUCUUAGACUACAGAAGUCAAUGUUACUUGGCUACAUUUUACAAGAGGCUUUAGAUGCCAAAAUAAAUUGGGUUUUAAAAUUCUAA